AUGGCUACUACAAGCGCCGGCGAUAACUCACUUGAUAAGAAGAGUAGCCCAACAGCAACACGCCCAGAUCUUGCUGCAGUGGCAAACGAGCGAUGUGAAUUGAUGACGCAGGAUCGUCAACAGCAUCAGCAAAUUGAUGGAAAGCAUCGUAAUGCGGAGGCAAUUGUGGUGUCAUAUUUUGACGAUGUUAUGGUGGGCUUUUGCAAUCUCUUCUAUUAUCCUUUGUGA